AUGGAGGGUCAAAACGAGAAUGAUGAACUCUACCCCAUCGCGGUUCUCAUCGAUGAGCUCAAGCACGAUGAUGUUCUCCUCAGAUUGAAUGCAAUCCGCCGUCUAUCCACGAUCGCUCUGGCUUUGGGACCGGAGAGGACCCGAGAUGAGCUUAUCCCAUUCCUGGAUGAUUCUGUCGAGGAUGAGGAUGAGGUCUUGACCGCGCUGAGUGAGGAAUUGGGUAACUUCACAGAGUACGUCGGCGGGCCAGAAUAUGCGCACGUGCUUCUGUCACCGCUCGAAAACCUGGCGGCGAUUGAAGAGCCUCUUGUGCGAGAGAAGGCCGUGGAGUCCCUCAACAAAGUUUGCGACCAACUGUCAGAAAGUCAAGUCGAAGAACACUUCCUUCCUCUGGUUCUUCACCUCUCGAAAGCCGAUUGGUUCACUUCCAAGGUUUCUGCCACUGGUCUCUAUUGUUCACCUUAUCGAAAAGCCGCGCCGGCGCUGCAGCAAAGUCUCCGACAACAUUUUGGAGCGCUCGUACACGAUGAAACCCCCAUGGUGCGCCGUCAAGCCGCCAACAACCUCGCCAAGUUUGUCAAGGAGAUGCAAACUUCAGUGAUAAUCGACGAAAUGAUACCCCUCUUCCAAUAUUUGGCCAGUGAUGACCAAGACAGCGUGCGCCUGUUGACGGUGGAAAUCUUGAUCGCGAUCGCAGAGGAAAUUCCUAAGGCCCAGCAACCCAGUCAUGGUGUGCUGCUGACAUCACUGCGCAACUUGUUUGAGGAUAAGAGCUGGCGGGUCCGCUACAUGGUCGCUGAUAGAUACGAGAAGAUUGCCAAGGCUGUGCACGAAGAGGUCAUUACACGCGACAUGGUGCCCGCUUUUGUGAAACUUUUGAAGGACACCGAGGCAGAGGUCCGCACUGCAAUUGCUGGACAGAUUCCCGGAUUCUGUUCUCUGAUUGAUCGUGACACCCUGCUGAAUGAGAUCAUGACCAGUGUGGAGGAUUUGGUGUCUGACCAGUCUCAGCACGUUCGUGCAGCACUCGGUACCCAAAUCAGUGGAUUGGCACCUAUUCUUGGGAAAGAAGAGACCAUCGCCCACUUGUUGCCCAUGUUCCUUCAGAUGCUCAAGGACGACUUCCCCGAUGUCCGUCUGCACAUCAUCUCCAAGCUUGAGCAGGUGAACAACGUCAUCGGAAUCGAACUACUCUCCCAAUCUCUUCUUCCGGCAAUUGUUCAGCUUGCCGAGGACAAGCAGUGGCGUGUGCGUCUUGCUAUUAUCGAAUACAUCCCACUGCUUGCCAGCCAACUGGGUGUCAAAUUCUUUGACGAGCAAUUGAGCGACUUGUGCAUGGGAUGGCUAGGAGAUACUGUCUUCUCCAUUCGCGAGGCUGCAACCCAAAACCUGAAGAAGCUGACCGAAGUAUUCGGCGUGGAAUGGGCCAAGGAAUCCAUUAUUCCCAAAGUGAUGGCCAUGGGCCAGCACCCCAACUACCUGUACCGCAUGACCACCUGCUUCGCCAUUUCUACGCUCGUACCCGUUGUCACCCUUGACAUUAUUGAAAGCUCCAUUCUUCCCAUUCUGGACCGACUUGUGGCAGACGAGAUCCCCAACAUUCGCUUCAACGUGGCCAAGUCGUAUGCGGUUCUGAUCGAUGCCUUGCGUCGUCUGCCCGAGAACAAGACAUUGGUCGAGGUGGAAAAAUCGGAGCAGGCUGUCACACCCGCACCCAGGGCCCAGGAACUGAUUCAACAGAAAGUUCUUCCGUCCUUGGAAAAGCUGCAGGCUGAUGAUGAUGUUGAUGUUCGCUAUUUUGCCACCACUGCCACAGGUCCCACGGAGGAGACUAUGCAGACAUCCCCUUAG